GCCGAGUCCGAGCGAAAAUCGAAGCGCGUGCGAGCUGCACUGCACCGUUGCACAGCGCGCGACCCACAGCGGUCGCUCGACAGCUCGCCGGUAGCGUACCGCGAGCGCCAGACUGCCGCGGACGGCCCAUUACCGCGCCUGACCCGCCGCCGCCAGCCGCGCCGCUGACUCGGUGCCGCGCGCGAGCGCCCAGUCGUCAAACAGCUCGAAGACAACCAUGGAGGAGCGCGACAUCCUCGCGCCGGUAGACGCGGCUCUCAAGCUCUUCGCGGUCAACGACGCCGCGACGCAGACCGCGUCUCGCAAGCUCAUGGUCAAAGCUCUGCGGAAUCUGGAGCGAGAGCCGAGUAAUGAGAAGUUCCGGAAGUUAAGGGUCGCAAACAAAGUGGUGCAAUCAAAAAUCAUCAACGUGAGAGGCGCGCAGCAAUUGAUGGCGUGUGGCGGGUUCUAUAACAAGGGCGAGUUCCUCGAGGCGUUAGGUGAGGACUGCGCAGUCAAAGCUAAAACGGUAGCCGACGCGCUGGAGAAGAGCGACGGUACGUUUAAAGUGAAGGCGUUGUUGGCGCAUUCUGCUUGUGUGAGAGGUGUUGCUGUCGACGCGCAAGGUUUUUUAGCAACUGGUGCCCUAGAUAAUGUCGUGCGCUUGUGGGACGGCAAGGGCCAACUCGUACAUGAGUUACGGGGCCACGAGAAGCCGGCCAUGGCCGAUGGGGGCGUGUUGGCUGUCGCGUUGAUGGAGAACGGAGGUCGCGUGCUGUCAGGUGGUCGAGAUGGACGACUCCUAGCUUUUUUGAGAGAUGCGUCGGCGGCGAACUGCUACGUCGGCCACGGCGAGCCCAUCGAUGGCCAGGCGAGGCCGACGAACGCCCAGAACGUGUCUUGCGUGGCCUGCGAAGGAGAUUUGGUGUUGACAGGCAGCUGGGAUAGGACAGUCAUCAAGUGGAACGUUACCAAUGACGCGCCGGGGACGAGGUACGGGCCCUUCCCCCAGUCCAUUACGGGUAUUUGCAUUCUACAGGGCGGCGCGAAAUGUGCGGUGUCGAUUGGUGAUGGUACAUUAGCUUGUUUCGACCCCUUACAACCGCCUCCCAGUACGUUGUGGACGUCGGAUGACGCGAAGGGCGCGCCCAUGCGCGGAUGCUGCUCCGCUGCCGGGUGUGUCGGUACCGCUUCCAAUGAUGGUCUAGUGCGGUUGUUCGAUGCUGAAAGUGGUUCACUCAUAAGAGGCGCAAAAACAGGAGCAGAAGGCUACCUCUACGCCGUCUGUGGUAGUGAUGAUGCUAUCUACGCCGGCGGUGAGGACGGGAUCGUCACGAAGUUCCACGCGCCCUCGUUACAGGUAGCUCUGAGGGUUCCCCAGCCCGCGGCCGUCUGGUCGUUAGCUGUUUAUGGUCCUCAUUUGUUCUGCGGGUUGGACGACCAUUUCGGUGCUGUAUUGUGGACCAGCGAUCCGACACAAGCGCUCGAGGGCCCUGUGGCGACCUCAAUAGAAGCGUCGUGCCACGAGGCGGCGACGAAGGCCGCUCUGUUAGUUCCCGAGGGAGUUUUGGAGGGAGCUGCGGCGAGAGCAUCUAACCAGGGCGCGGCCGGCGGUGAAGUGAGUAUGGGUGGAACACCGCCUCCCCCACCAAAUCCGAACUACGACUUCUCCUUCCCCGUGGAACUGGCGGGACGGCCGGGCCUGCAGAUCAACUGGAACCGCGGCGACGACCCAAAUAUGGUGGCGAUCCAGUUCUGCGACGACAACGGCAUCCCGCGCGACCAGCUCGGCGACGUGGCGGUCUUCGUGCAGAACGUGAUGGCGUCGCAGUCGUAAGUUGCUAGAUUUGUA